CGCGCAGUUUACAAUCAACUGCGUUACAGCGUGCUCAGCUGUACCGUUAGGCUAAAUUCUGCUUCCUUAAGUUAUUUGGGUUACCCUGCUUGAAAUACCAGUUUCCGUCCUCUUCCAGUUUGCUAUUUGUUUGCUUAUGAUUAUAUCAGCGGUUCAGAAUAGUAUUUAUUUUCCAACACUUGUAGAAUUUUAAAAGGACGCUUCAAAAUAAAAGUAACUUGGUCAAAAGAAAUGAUGGCGUUACGGCGUCUAACAACUAAUGUGCUGUGUCUAAGACCGCUUACUUUAUGCUCAAGUGGAACUAGAUUAUUUUCUGCUAACUAUCAACUGUCAGCAUUAACUGGAUCCCCCGUUUUGUGCCCAGUAAAAUCGCAGUCUUAUAAUUUCGUAUACAAUGCCGCUUCCGCAUUAGGACUCUACGUUCCAUGUCGUUACAGCACUAUAUUCAGCGAUUAUCCUAGUGAUAUGUUAUGGGAAGGUGUAACUGGACCAAAAGGAGGCUCAAAAAAACGUGCAAGAGGGAAACGCAGAGUUACAAGACAAAAAAUAAAUCUUCAUGUGGGACAGAAAUUAGGUUUCGGCAAAGCCUCCAUACAGUGGCCUGGUCUUAAUACUACUGCGUCUUCAACUAUCAAGAAAGGUGACUACAAUGAAGAGUAUUUCGAAAGGUUAGAAAUGCUUCGUAAUAAAUCUGCCGUGAAAAAGAAACGCAUGAAAUUAACUCCUUUACAACGUGGUUGGACAGGAAAGCUAUUGGGAGGACAAUCUGUUGGUCCACCUACACCAAAUAAUCCAGAUUUCGAUUGUUUUGUUAUCGAGUCAAAAGUUGUCGCAACAGUGACUGCAACAAAAGGACGUUAUCGUCGAUUUUCAGUUGUUGUUGCAACUGGUAAUGGACAAGGUUUAUGUGGUAUUGGUAAAGCAAAAGCUUUAAAUAUAUUAUCUGCAACUCGACGUGCUAAAUUACGUGCCUCACAAAAUAUUAUAUCAUUUGAUCUUAAAGAAGGAAGAACAUUAUGGCAUGUUGGAUAUGUUUGUCAAUGGAACAGUAAAAUCUUUGCAGCUCCUCUAUCAGAAGGUGCUGGUCUAAAAUGUCAUCGUAUGAUUAAAACAUUAUGUCAAGUUAUUGGAAUUAAAGAUAUGUAUGCUAGAGUUGAAGGUAGUACAAAUAAUUAUCAAGCAAUAGCAAGAGGUUUUUUACGUUUAUUAAAACAACAAAAAACGUAUGAAGAUUUAGCUAACAGUUUAGGACUUCAUGUCGUAGAAUUUGCUGCUGAUCGUGAUAUGUAUCCGCAUGUAUUGGCAUCUCCUGCAUGUGGCCAUGCCAAUGAUUUUAACAGGAAUAAUGUCAAUGAGUCUGAUGAUUCUUCUGCUGUGAUCCACUCAAAAUCUUAUGAAUUACCUCAAAGACUUCCACUGAUAGUUCCACAGAAUCCAACACAUCAUAAACCGCGUAAACCCAUACCUGAAGAACAUGACAAUUUCUUAGAUGAUUUAAUUGGCGUUGAUGAAGACACAACCACAGAAACUAAUAUUUCGGAAUUAUUAGCAGCAGGUGAACGUGAUUUAGAUACUCUUAUGUUGGGAGGACGUGUCCCACUAAAAAAGAGUUCAUCUCAUAACAGACAAAUUACUAACCCCAUGGUUAUUAAGCGACAAGCAGAACGUCAUCGUUAUCGUAACCAGCAAGUUGUCAGACGUGAGAGAAACGCUCAUAUAACAUUGUCUGUAAAUUCAGUUUAACUAUAAAACCUUGUAUAUAUAUUUCUAGCAUAAAGUUUUAAUAGGUAUUUUAC